AUGAUCCAGCGCCUUUCAGAAUCUGCUGUUUUCUGGCGCUAUGCUUCUGUGAUGGAAUUCGUCGACCGCGCAUCUACGACCUGGAAUACGGAGAAGCAAGCACUCAGCUCAUAUGAUAUCGCCCAGAUCGAUUCAUGGGAACGGGGCCUUUCACCGAUUCUUACUCGUGGCUCACGUUCUUCUACUCCUAAUGCGGUUAUCCGCAUCAAGAUAGAUUCGUGUGGAAUCAGUAGCAUCGAGAGAUUGCUCGAGGUUCCCUCCCCCUCAAACUCUCGCUCUGAUUCUUUCGCCUAUAUCGUCGAGGCCGAGCACUCUCUGAGGAAUACGACUGUUGAUUUCAAGUUUGGACUUUGUCGCCUUGUUCCCCUCCCGGGAGUUAAUCUUCUUCAUAUCUGGGAUAAGCCAUGCCCUCAAAGGCCAGUCGACUGUGUUCUCUACAGCUCUUCCCAACUAUCAAAACAGUCUUGGUUUCGUCAAUUGAGGACCAUCGACCCCCGAGACUGCACAGGCGUCACCUUCUUCCUCGGCUCUGAAACCUGGGCGAUUCAUGCACAUUCGUCUUUGGAGCCGACCGCCGAGUCUACUUUCCACAAGCUCUCUCAGGAGAGACAGCACAAUGUGGUUUGGGUGCAUGUUCCCUUACCCGCCAAAGACUGUGUCGAGGCUUUUGGGAUUCAGAAUGAGUGGUCCAAUACUGGCACUCCACGUCAGGGCGCAUGCUAUCUGAUACGAACCACGCUCUGCGGUGACAUUACCAUUGGAUCAUAUCAGAGAGGAGAAACCACGGUCCUUUCCAGAACCACAGCCUAUGGCAUUGCCUUGCAGCAAGGACCAAGUUGA